AUGACCGCGGACACAACAAUCCAACCCUUGUCUUCGACUAGAGAUAGAGCUGAAGACAUCACUUUCGCCGUGGAGAUCAAGUCCAUCGUGCCGCAAAAGCUUAGCAAGACCAACUUUUUGAACGAGGAGAUAAGACCAUUUGUCCCUCAUCGACCGAAAGAGAGCCUGGAGUCCAUGACCGAGUCUGAGAAGCAGAUCCAAAGGAGCACAUACGAAGCGAUAGCCACUGCCCUCCAUUCCCUCCCCGGAAUAAAGGCAACAACAUACCAUCAAAUACAGGGAGAUAGACUAGAACGAAGUGACUACUGGAGAACGCAUUGGAUAGUGUACAAAGCCAACUCUGCCGUUCCAACGUUUGUAAGCUAUGAGGAAGGAGACGACGAGCGGCCCUUGAUCGACGUGACAGCACCAGACUAUAAUAAAUUUGUGUGGAUCCCAGUAGAGUUGUGCUCGCCAAAGCUACGGUGGACCGGAAGGAGAGAGGCAGUAGCCGGCAUAGGCUCGGUCUGCAGGACGCUGCAGCACAGCUUCAACACCGUCGCCAACCACUCCACCGAGGUCCACGUCCACGUCGGGCGGCACGACGGGCUCUUCUACUCCCUCAAGAGCAUGAAGAAGCUGGCCACGGUGCUGUGGCUGUCCGAGCCCAUCCUCCGCGGCCUCAAGGACCCACGGUCCCGCAACUUUGACCACACGUACACGUGGAGCUUCCCCUGGCGACAGCACAGCCGCAUCGCGCUGGCCCUGCAGGGCAGGCUGCCGGGCGGGCAGACGCCCGACGACCUCGCCACCGGCCCGGAGGACGAGUUCGACACCUUCCUCGUCAGGACGAACAACGCGCGGCUGACGGGGACCGGCAGCGGCGUCGGCAGCUCGCACGGCGGGGACGACGGCGACACGCUCCGAUUCGUCGGGGCGCACCGCCAAGCGCUGCGGGCCAUCUGGCGGGCGUCGACGCACGCGGAGCUGGGCAGGAUGCUCUGCGGCACGGGCAGGAAGUACCGGCGGCUGGGGUUCAACUUCCACGCGCUGGGGGCCGAGGACGCGCGCGCGAGGGCGAGCCCGCGGACGGUCGAGUUCCGCUUCCUCGAGGGCACCGUCGACGAGGCCGUCGUGUCCGGGUGGGUGCACGUCUGCGUCGCGCUGGCCAAGCUCGCCGCGGACCAUAUCGAGGACUGGGAGUUCUACGACAUGGUCGUGCUGCUGCUGGACAUGCCCGCGCACUGGCCGCUCGACGCGCGGUUUGCGGCCAUGAUGCACGAGCUCGGGGUCUCGAGGGCUGCGUACGAGCCCCUGCGGGCGAUCGUGCGGAGGAAUUAUCCGCCUUCUGGGGCGGCAGAAGAACCAUGA